AUGUCCUCCCGCAGCCCCCGGCCCCCGCCCCGCCGCUGCCGCCGCCGCCUGCCGCGUCCCUCCUGCUGCUGCUGCUGUUGCCGCCGCUCGCACCUCAACGAGGACACGGGGCGCUUCGUGCUGCUGGCGGCGCUCAUCGGCCUCUACCUAGUGGCGGGCGCCACGGUCUUCUCGGCGCUGGAGAGCCCGGGCGAGGCGGAGGCGCGGGCGCGCUGGGGCGCCACCCUGCGCAACUUCAGCGCGGCGCACGGAGUGGCGGAGCCGGAGCUGCGCGCCUUCCUUCGGCACUACGAGGCCGCGCUGGCCGCCGGCGUCCGAGCCGACGCGCUGCGCCCGCGCUGGGACUUCCCCGGCGCCUUCUACUUCGUGGGCACCGUGGUAUCCACCAUAGGUUUCGGCAUGACCACCCCCGCCACUGUGGGUGGGAAGGCCUUCCUCAUCGCCUACGGGCUGUUCGGCUGCGCUGGGACCAUCCUGUUCUUCAACCUCUUCCUGGAGCGCAUCAUCUCGCUGCUGGCCUUCAUCAUGCGCGCCUGCCGGGAGCACCAGCUGCGCCGCAGCGGCUUGCUGCCCGCCACCUUCGGCCGCGGCUCGGCGCUCUCGGAGGCCGACUGCCUGGCGGGCUGGAAGCCGUCGGUGUACCACGUGCUGCUGAUUCUGGGCCUGUUCGCCGUGCUGCUGUCGUGCUGCGCCUCGGCCAUGUACACCAGCGUGGAGGGCUGGGACUACGUGGACUCGCUCUACUUCUGCUUCGUCACCUUCAGCACCAUCGGCUUCGGGGACCUGGUGAGCAGCCAGCACGCCGCCUACCGGAACCAGGGGCUGUACCGCCUCGGGAACUUCCUCUUCAUCCUGCUCGGCGUGUGCUGCAUCUACUCGCUCUUCAACGUCAUCUCCAUCCUCAUCAAGCAGGUGCUCAACUGGAUGCUGCGCAAGCUGAGCUGCCGCUGCUGCGCGCGCUGCUGCCCGGCGCCGGGCGCGCCCCUGGCCCGGCGCAACGCCAUCACCCCGGGCUCCAGGCUGCGCCGCCGCCUGACUGCGCUCGGCGUCGACCCCGCGACCUGCGACAGCGACGCCGAGGGCCGCCGCCUGUCGGGCGAGCUCAUCUCCAUGCGCGACCUCACCGCCUCCAACAAGGUGUCGCUGGCGCUGCUGCAGAAGCAGCUGUCCGAGACGGCCAACGGCUACCCGCGCAGCGUGUGCGUCAACACGCGCCAGAACGGCUUCUCGGGCGGCGUGGGCGCGCUGGGCAUCAUGAACAACCGCCUGGCCGAGACCAGUGCCUCCAGGUAGACCGCCCGCCC